AUGCCUCCUGCAAAGAUCCGCGUUGGGCUCGUCGGCUUUGGCACAGGCGCGAGCGUCUUUCACGCGCCUUUGCUCCUGAGCUCGCGCGACGUGGAGCUCACGCACGUGCUCGAGCGCUCCUCGAGCAACAGCCAAAAGCUUUCGCCCGCGCCUCGGAUCGUGCGCUCGAUGGACGAGCUGCUGGCGACCACUGUGCAGCUCGUGGUCAUCUCGACACCGACGACGGUGCACUUUGCACAGGCCAAACAGGCACUGGAAGCAAAACGCCACGUCGUCGUGGAAAAACCGCUGUGUGUGACAGCUGCACAAGCGCAGGAGCUCUGCGCGAUCGCCGAGGCGAACAACGUGCUCUUCUCGGUCUUCCACAACCGCCGCUUUGACAGCGACUUUCUGACCGUGAAAGCGCUGCUCGCGCACGACCGACUCGGUCACGUGCAGCAGUUUGUGGUCCAUUACGACCGCUUCCGUCCGACGAUGAAGGGCUACUGGAAGGAAAAGGCGGGACUCUGUGGUGGGGUGCUCUACGAUCUCGGGUCCCACCUGACGGACCAGGCGCUGCUGCUCUUCGGCCAGCCUGACUCGGUCCAGGCCGAUGUCCAGAUCCAGCGUGAGGGCGCUGAGACCGACGACUACUUUCGUCUCGAGUUCACGUACGACGAGUUCCCCGAGCGAAAGGUGGUGCUGAGCGCUGGGAUGCUGGUCGAGGUCCCCGGUCCACGGUACACUGUGGUCGGCACGAAGGGGACGUUCGUCAAGUAUGGAGAAGACGGACAAGAGGACGCUCUGCGUGCGGGCAAGCGUCCAGGGGAUGCAGGCUGGGGCCAGGACCCCGAGAGCUCGUUCGGUACGUUCACGGAUGCAAUUACAGGUGCAACGCGUGUCAUUCCCAGUGAGCGCGGCUGCUACGAGGUCUAUUACACGAACAUUGCAGCAGCUAUCCGAGGAGACGAAGAGCUCUUGGUGAACCCGAAAGACGAAGUGAUUGAGCAAAUCCGCAUCCUUGAAAAUGCAAAGAAGACCGAGCGUGUGAACCGCAUCGCUGUGUAA